AUGGACUUACAACAUGGUUAUUGGCAAGUGGAGCUGGAGGAACAUGACCGUGAGAAGACAGCUUUCACAACAGGCAGCGGGCUCUAUCAUUUUAAAGUGAUGCCCAUGGGCCUCACCAAUGCUCCUGCCACAUGCCAACGCUUAAUGGAGAUGGUGCUACGUGGACUCCCUUGGAAGAUGUGUCUUGUCUAUCUGGACGAUUGUGCAAAGCUGGCCUAUCCCACGGACUGCGACAGAGAUGCAUCAUGCACUGCUGUGGGCGCCGUCCUGGGACAGAAACAAGAGCAGACUGAAAAAGUAGUGGCUUACGCCAGUCAUGUCUUGACGAAAGCGGAGAAGAGAUGCUUUGUCGCGCCGCCCAAAGGACCCUCUAGCUGCAGAACCGGCUGUCACAGACGCAGCCCUGUUCCUCAGCAGAGGGCUCCCAUGAAAACCAUUGUUGCCACAGAGCCAUUUCAGAAAGUCGCUGCAGAUAUCCUUGAACUCCCUAUUACUACUCGUGGCAACAGCUGCAGUGCCACUUACUCCCCAUGGAAAACUGACAACAUCUGGCCCCCUCCCUGGACCCCGGCCCUGCUCCCAGGCUGCACCUCCAACAGCUGCGAGUCAAAGCACUGUUCCUUAAUCCAAGCUGUGGCAGCACUUACGACUCCACCGCAGCUGACCAGAGGUGGCCAGGGACAGGUCUCAGAGGAGCAGAGGAUGAGGAGGGCACCACCCGAGGCCAUAAGGUCAGCGGAUGAAGUCCAUUAG